GGCCGGAGUGUAUCGAGAUAAGAGUCAGGAAGCGUACGGCAUACACAAGAUAUUACCCCUUGCAUAAGCUGGACUAGUGGCCAGAAUGCGCCUGGACGUGAAGAGACAGCUCUUUGCCCGCUCCGAGCGAGUGAAGGGCAUCGACUUCCAUCCUACCGAGCCAUGGAUCCUCACAACGCUCUACAGCGGCCAUGUAUACAUCUGGUCAUACGAGACACAGGCCAUUGUCAAGACAUUCGAACUCACCGACGUACCCGUACGAGCUGGUCGCUUCAUUGCGCGCAAGAACUGGAUUGUCUGCGGCUCCGAUGACUUCCAAUUACGCGUCUACAACUACAACACUUCCGAAAAGAUCACCUCCUUCGAGGCACACCCCGACUACAUCCGAGCAAUAGUCGUACACCCUACACAGCCCUUCGUGCUGACGGCCUCAGAUGACAUGACAAUCAAGCUUUGGGACUGGGAGCGUGGAUGGAAGUGUGUGCAGGUAUUCGAGGGCCACAGCCACUAUGUUAUGGGUCUGGCCAUUAACCCCAAAGACACAAACACCUUUGCGUCUGCCUGUUUGGACCGCACCGUCAAGAUCUGGAGUCUGGGCUCCAGCACCGCAAAUUACACCCUCGAUGCACACGACACUAAAGGUGUCAACCACGUCGACUACUAUCCUCAGUCCGACAAGCCAUACCUGCUCACCACCUCGGAUGACCGUACUGUCAAGAUUUGGGACUACACAACCAAGGCUUUGAUUGCAACUCUCGAGGGCCACACCAGCAACGUUUCGUUCGCCUGCUACCACCCCGAAUUACCUGUCAUCAUUUCCGGUUCCGAAGAUGGUACCGUCAAGAUCUGGCACGCAAACACAUACCGUCUCGAACAAUCUCUCAACUACGGCCUGGAACGUGCAUGGUGUGUCAGCUACCAACGUGGCCGUCAAGGCAUCGCCAUGGGUUUCGACGAUGGUGCCGUCGUUGUCAAGAUGGGUCGUGAGGAGCCGGCUGUAUCCAUGGACAACUCUGGAAAGAUCAUCUGGGCCCGUCACAACGAUAUUCUGACUGCUGUCAUCAAGGGUGGUGACAAGUCUCUGACAGAUGGCUCACCUCUGACUCUCCCCUCAAAGGAUCUUGGCUCUACUGAAAUCUACCCUCAGACUCUUAUCCACUCUCCCAACGGUCGUUUCGUUGCUGUCUGUGGUGACGGCGAAUACAUCAUCUACACUGCUCUUGCUUUGAGAAACCAGGCUUUCGGUUCAGCUCUUGAUUUCGCAUGGGGAUCCAAGGAGAACGACAAGGAUUAUGCCAUUCGCGAGUCUUCCAUGUCUGUCAAGACUUUCCGCAACUUUAAGGAGAAGUCGGUUCUUGAUAUUGGUUUCCAGGCCGAGGGUCUCAGUGGUGGUGUUCUACUCGGUGUUAAGGGCCAAGGUGGAAUCGGCUUCUUCGACUGGGAGUCAGGUCAAUUAGUCCGCAGAAUUGAGGUUGAUCCCAAGAACGUCUACUGGUCGGAGAGCGGAGAGCUUGUCACUCUUGCUUGCGAAGACACAUUCUACGUCCUCCGCUUUUCUCGCGAGGAGUACCAAGCUGCUCUUCAAGCAGGCGAGGUCGAUGAGGAUGGUGUUGAGGCUGCCUUCGAGGUCGUCACCGACGUCAAUGAGAGCGUCCGCACUGGUCAAUGGGUCGGCGACUGCUUCGUCUACACUAACAGCACAAAUCGCUUGAAUUACCUUGUCGGUGAUCAAACCUACACAAUCUCACAUUUCGACUCUCCUCACUACGUUCUUGGAUACAUCCCCCGCGACGGCCGCGUCUACGUUGCUGACAAGGAUGUUCAAAUUGUCUCAUUCGCUCUUUCGCUGUCAGUCAUCGAGUACCAAACGCUCGUCCUGCGUGGCGAUCUUGAUUCCGCCAACGAAAUGCUUGCCGAUAUUCCUGAAGACCAAAAGUCAAAGAUUGCUCGCUUCCUCGAAGGUCAAGGCUACAAGGAGCAAGCUUUGGAGGUUGCGACUGACUCUGAGCACCGCUUCGAGCUUGCGCUCAGCCUGAACCAAUUGGAGAUUGCACUUGAGCUGGCCCGCGAAGCCGAUGUCGAGCACAAAUGGAAGACUGUUGGUGACGCUGCACUCACGGCCUGGAACAUGCGUCUCGCAGAAGAGUGUUUCACUCAUGCUAAGGAUAUGGGCAGUUUACUUCUUCUCUAUACCUCAAGCUGUAACGAGGCUGGCUUGAGGAAACUUGCACAACAGGCUGACGACGCCGGUGCUCGCAACGUAGCAUUCAGCUGCUUGUGGCAAGUCGGCGACCUGAACGCCUGCAUCGACCUCUUGAUCCGCACCGACCGUACCGCCGAAGCAGUCCUUUUCGCUCAGACCUACCUUCCUAGCCGGGCGCCAGAGAUUGUCAAGCUAUGGAAGCAAGGUCUUGAGUCAAGUGGCAAGGCCAAGGUUGCCAGACUAUUGGGUGUACCUCCUACCGAUGGUGAAGGCGAUUCAGAUCUCUUCCCCGAAUGGAACUCAUAUCUCGAGCUCGAGAAGAAUGGAGGCAGCAAAACUGACAACUUGAUCGAUGUUGGCGAUGAUGCUGAGGAAGAGGCAGAGGCGGAGGAUAAGACAGAAGAACAAGAAGAAGACGGUGAAGUGGAAGCAGAGGCCGAGGAGGCUGAAGAGGACGAAGAGGCAGAAGAAGCAGAAGAGGCUGACGAGGCUAACGAGGAUAACUAGCCGGCAUCACCGCAGAUGGAUACAGAGGUCUAGACGGCUUUGUGAGGGUGUUAUAAAUCCAAUUGAUGGCAGAAAGGCGCUAUUGGGAAAUAAGAAAUGAAAGGUUAUGUUUUUUGAUCAUUGUUGAAAAUUCUCUCUUCAUCAGUACCUACUUCUCAUCCAUACUGGUCAACGACAAGAGAGACGCUCUCUUUGACAAGCUGCUACUGACAUUGAGGCGUGUUUGUACAUAAAGCCCCUCCCCUAUAGCUCGACACCAACGUCAAUGGAGGAAGCAACGACCCUUCGAAUCGAAAGAGAAAAGAACGCAUUCGAGAUCGAAAGGAGAAAGAAACGACUCAAGGGUCAAACUACUAAGGCACGACUCUUGUAUUCUGCAGGUAAGGAAAGGGACG